AUGGCAAGGUCGAUGUUGACUAGACAGCAGCCACGUUUGGCACGGCCACAGCUACUAGCCACGGCUUACCCUGAAGCUGAACACCGAGAUGCAGAAAUGUUGUUACUUGCUGAUGCGAAAUACGACGGGCGCAAGAGCAACAACAGAUGGAUAACAUACGGAAUCACUCCUCAGAGUAAACUUAUCUAUACCUCGGCCCACCGGAAUGUCACACAGGGCCUGGUCAUUAUCCUGCAAUUCAAGCAUAAAACAGCCAUGGGUAACGCUUCAUCGAAAGAUUCAACGCUCACUCCCCAUAUCUCACAAGAGACAGCGGCCAAGGGCAUCCCUCACAACCUCUCAGCCUCAUUCACAAAGCGCGUAUCGCUCACGCUUCAAUGUAUCUUGGCUGAUCCAGCGUCUAAACGCGAUUUCGCAAUUCACGUCCCACCAAACGGGUCCUACGACGUCAUUAUUUACGACGGUCCAGACGCAACAAGUCCCGUCCUCGCGGCCGCCAAAGGAAACCCAAAAUGGAAGCAUGACUUUCGCAUUAAUCUCCCUGGACUAUUAGAAGGCGACGAUACGCGUGAGGAAUUACUGCGGUGUACAACUAUAAAUAAAUUGAAGGAAGGAUAUUGGUUCGCCAUGCAACUUGAGGGCCAUCUGGAGCGAUUUGAAUGGCGUUUGACGCGUACGAAACAAGUUCAGGGACAAGAAGCAUCAGGCUGGGGAUGGAAAUUGGUAAGAGUCGGAUUGAAGAUUGAGCCUCACGACGAUGGAGAAGAAAUCGUUGCUAUUUUUAGAACUCACAAGUCGUUAGGACUGAAGAAGAUUGGUGAUUUGGCAUUUACAGGAAGUGGAAUAACUGCAGACUUCGGACGACAGUGGGAAAUCAUGGUGUUGACGACUUGGGCUUGCAUUUGGUCCCAGCAUAUCUAGAC